AUGACGACCUCAUCCUCCACGUUUCGACCGGGGAAAGAUUCGCAAGCAAUAUACCCAGAUUUUGCCCCCGGUUUUGGGGUGUUUAUUGGUGUCUACAGCGGUGCGAAGAAGGAAUACACAUUACCCGACUACACCAGAAGUACAACCAGUCUUAACCAUGUGGAACAGUUGAUUCGUGAAUCCAUAGAUGGAGCGAAGAAAGGAACGGAAGUACCAAUGUAUGGACCACUUGCGAAGGCUUUGACCCUUAUUAGUCUUGAUGUCUGCCAAGGCGACAGGGUCAUUGCCUUUGUGCCGCACCAUAAUGUGCAGCUGAAGGUAACGGACGGAUCAAGAGACAAACCGGACUUAGUAGGCUUUUUCGUCAAACCGGACUUAGUAGGCUUUUUCGUCAAACGCAAGGACGCGGAAGGGUGGGUCAGUGAGGAAAACUACAAGAUAGAAGUCCCCUCUGCCCACGAGAUCAUUGCGGCCGUCGAGUGUAAAGUCAAAGAGAAUCCACUACUGCAAGGACAACGUUACUGUUACGCACUUGCUCGGCAUAGACAUGGAUCAUCCCUACAAUAUGGGCUUAUAAUCAACACGAAGCGGUUUCAGCUCAUUUCUCUCGCCUUGGACAGCUGUGGUAUCUGGGAUCCAGUAUAUUGGAAGAAGAGUGAUCAGACUCCAAUCCUAAAACUUUACGAGUCCAUCAGACUCAUUUGGGUUGAAGCUUCAACAAUCCGAAAUGAGCGUGUUCCUGUUCCGGAGUUUCUAAUUACAUUGGACAACGGGAAGAGCAGGCCUGUCGCGUUACACACCACUUAUUUGGGUGGGAAACUGUUCUAUCUCAUUCCGAUAUUUAUUGGGAGAGGUAACGGGCGCAAGCCUUUUGUCACAUUGGCCUUCGCAGCAGAUGACUUCCAGCUUCAUCGUGUAGCCAAGUGGUCUUGGCAUCUGGACGACAAUCAUUCAAGGGAACGGUAUUUCCUAGAAAAGUUGAAAGAUGCACCAGGUGUUGUGCGCAUUGACGAGCAGCUGUCCAGUGAUUCCGUUCAAUACGACGCGGAGAGUGGUCGAAACCAACAUCUUGUAGUACAGGAAACGAUAGGACGAUCUGUGUCAUCUUGCAAAUCCGUUCUGGAGUUCCUCGAAACUAUGUACGAUCUUCUCGAAGUGCUUCGUUAUCACGUUUGCGAGGCGCAUAUUUUGCAUAGGGAUAUCAGCUGGGGAAACGUCCUCGUUCCAGAGAAGGAUAUAGCUCAAAUUCCAAAGAAAGAAGCAAAUUGGGACACUUAUCAAUUUAUAUCGGAUUAUUAUGAUACUGAGGAUGAUGUGACUGGAGGUAGUGUUCUUCAAGAAAGCAAACCACGAAGGGUUCGAGUUGCACUGGCAGAUUUCGAUAAUGCAAGAGAUUUGACGACGGAGACUGAUGACUUGAAACAUGCUACAGGUACACCGAUGUUUAUGGCAAAUGACGUUCUGGCUCCCCGUUCGAAGGAUGCCAUGCACGCAGUGCCGUUUGACGAGGAAGAUGUGGACGUGAUUCGGACAGCCGCAGCCAACAGUGGUAAGCGAUACCGCAAUGGGGAAGAAGCUAAAUGGGAUAGCUUCUACCGUGGUGUAGAUCACAUCAACUACGUCACGAAAAAGAAUCCUGAGGAACUCUUCCGGCAUGGUGCUAUGCAUGAUGCCGAGUCCGUCUUUUAUCUCUCUCUCCUGUUCUUUUCUCGUAUGGUGCGCGAGGGAGAGGAAAUAUCGGACACUGAUCUGUACGAGAGGCAGAUUGACAGGGGCAAGGUAUUUGAGCAACUGGCGAAAAAGACCGCAGGAGAAGGGAAUACCGAGCCAUUCCCACGUCAUUUACCUUCGAAUGUGUUUGAAGCGCAAUUUUACGGCAUGCUCCAUGUCAUCUACAAGUAUCUCAAGGUACCAUGGUAUAAUGUCGUACAUACAGGACACGGCGAGCCGCUCGAGUUUCAUCUGCAUGACUUCAUACAAAGGCUCUUCCUCAAGGAGAUAUACAAGCUAAGGCUCUCGUCAAGCAUCCCUUUAGAGCUGUACCCGCUGGCUGUAAAAUCCAAAAUUGCAGUUCACGGUGAUUCCUACUCCCUCCAGUACAGUUCAUCAGGCAUGAAAACCUACAAGAAAAUUAUACAACCGGCAAACAAUAAAGGCCCUACUAAUAAAAGUGCUAAACGCAUCAAACUUGACAAGGCUCUGGAUUUCAUGAAAACCACCAAUUUAGACAUUCUAUGUAAUUGGUUGUCAUUUGACAAAGAUUAG